GAAUGAUUUGCUGGUCAAUGAAAUAUUGCUCUGGGAGAAUCUAGUCAAAUGGGGAAUCUACCAAUCAUGUGCCAUAAUACAGCAGCAACGUGAUGAUCAUGAUGAGCAAUUCGUAAUUUGUAAUAGGGAUGGUUCGAGUUCGUCUCCACGUCAGUUGAUUAACAACGCCUUAUGCAAGUAUUCUUCGUCACCUACUAAUUCAUUUAAAGAACUCUCACAUUGGACGCCCAAAGAAUUUCAAAUACUUGGUGUCACUCUGGAAAAAUGUAUUCCACUCAUACGUUACUUGCAAAUCUCCAGUGGUGAUUUUUAUAAGAAAGUAAAACCUUUUUCGUCAAUAUUACCCAUAGAACUGUAUGAAGAUAUACUUCAAUAUCAUCUUGUACCCGGACACCAACCUAGUCAUGACUUGAUUCAGCCUAAACGUGAAGCCAUCGACUCGGUAAUAAUUGAGCGAAAGCAUGCCGCUUUAAUCGCCAGUUGGGUAGAUAAGCGCGAUUUAUUUGAUGAUCCCGAUGGUGUAGGCAGGACUGACAGUAUCGGUGGAAAUGAUGGUUAUACCAGCUUCAAGUCUAUUGACAAUGACAAUGAAUUUGCGACUGACGGUGAAGAAUUAUCGCCGAAAUAUUACGAACCAUGGGAUAAUCCAUAUGAAUUCAAAUUGUUAUUGAGGGGCAGUAGGGAUGGGUUCUCUGGUACAGAAUUUCACACGAAAUGUGAUUCAAAGGCCGCCACAGUUACUGUGUUAAGAGUACGUGGUACAGGAGAAAUUAUCGGUGGUUUCACGCCUAUUCACUGGUUGUCUCAGAAUACAUGGGGAUAUACUAAAGAUAGCUUCAUCUUUUGUUUGGCUUCAAGCUCCAACAGCACUGGUAUUAGAAAACGAACCAAUAUGUUGUCAGCAUCCACUGUCAACAUUGUUAGUAGGGUACGGGAUCCCACUCGUGCAACCAACUUUUAUAAAAAUUAUGGUCCCUCAUUUGGUAGGGAUGAUUUGAAAAUGGCGGGAAAUUUCAAGCUUGAUUCCAGAUGCUGUUGUAAACAAGGCGAUUAUAAACUUAGUGUCAGAGAGGAUACCGGCUAUUUCUCGGUUGAUGAAUACGAGGUUUUCCAAGUUGUGCCCAGGAAAUCAGGUCCAAGUGUUACGGAUCGGAGUAACACAGAAUCCAUGAGUGGAGGAGCAAAAAUGAGUAAUGUUGAUAAGUAUGAAGAUUUUGGGUUGAGCGAAAAUAUG